AUGCUUCUGGAUGGAUGCGAAGGGCAACAGGAUUCACAACAGGUGAGAUUGUACAUGACCGGGAACAUAAGAAACCUUCUGAAAGAAGACAAUAUGGAGACGUCCCCAAACAUAGCAGAUACACACAGAAUCUUUUUGCGGAUGUCAAGGAAGAAAAAAACGCUGAGUAAGAGACGCGAAGAUAUACAGGCCUCAUAUAAGAAGACAAAGACAGACAAUAAGACCAACGGCCUCACCUCGAUGAUAAUGAUGGAGCAGUAG